AUGUCUCCAGAGCCGGAGAAGCCUAAAAAGGCCCCUCGAAAGCACGUCACGACGGCUUGUGUGCCAUGUCGUGAGAGUAAGAUUCGGUGCGACGGGUCAACACCACACUGCCAGAAUUGCCAGCGGAAAGGCAAAGAUUGCAAAUAUCAGCAUGGAGAUGACAAACGCAAGUAUGUAUACCCUCGAAAUGCUCGCUCACCGUUCGAUCCGAAGCGAAUUGCUUCUCGGCCCGCUGCGAGCAAGACUCGGCAUCCCGCCGAUGGCAUCAGAAUUGACCAGCUGGUUCAAUUUAUUCAGGAUCAGGGUCUUGAGCCUCCGGCUAUGAAGCCGGACGACGAGGCGGGCAUGAAUCGGGUUCUUGAUACCCUGCAGAUCCCACGAGGUGUCACCAGGGCCAAUAUUUCUUCUGGCAAUGACAAAAGGCUCCGUUAUAAUGGAAAGAACUCAGUGGGAUCGGAUCAGUCCCCGUCACAGAGCUCGCCAAAUACAUCGCCGAAUGGCCAGCCCCAGCUUCAACCGCAGCCAUCGACAGAGACUGCUGCUACUGGUGCUUCCCCCACGCAGGGCAUCAUGGCUGGUCAGCAACUAUCGUCCGUUGAAGCUUGGAGCCCGUUCGGCAUGGUGCGAGGUGCUCCCGAUAAUCAGAACUUUGUUCACUGGGGCUUCACGCUACCGACAGCCGAAAGUUUGGAUACGAUAUACGCCAAUAUCAAUGGGGGAACAGGGCUACCAGUUAAUACAAAUCUGAGCCCAUAUAGUUUCCAGCUGGGCAUGGACAUGGUGCAGCAGCCGGGCGUCUUACUGAGCCAAGUGCCUCCUGACCGGGACCUCGACUCGGACAGCGAUGAAGAGAACGAGGCUGAGAACGACGUCAUCGAGCAAUUAUCCCAUCGUAUCGGCACGCUUAAAAUCGCGGGAGAUGGCCACUUGCGAUUCUACGGAGCGACAUCUAAUCUCAAUCUUGUCGAUGUAUCUGCGACACAACAGCGACAGCGGCCAGAUGCGCGGACAGUACGUCACGAUGGACAGGAUAUUCUGAAUCAUCUUCGGGUUGGUCAGCCGGUUGAUCAGGCUUUGGAAGAUCAUCUCGUCGAGUUGUACUUUACAUGGCAGAAUCCCAGCAUUUAUGUCGUGGAUAAGGAGAUGUAUAUGGCGGCUCGAUCGAAAUGGCGUAAUGAAUUUGACGAUACUCCGUUCUACUCGGAGGUCCUGACGAAUGCCAUGUGUGCUAUUGGCAGUGCUUUCGAGGCGCGGUAUCACCCGACAUUCAUCACAUUCCCCAAAUCCCUGGCUGAGUUCUUUGCCGACAGGGCCAAGGCUUUACUGGAGAUUGAGCUCGAUUCACCUUGUGUGGCGACGGUUCAAGCUCUUGUCCUCAUGAGCUGUCACGAGGGAGCGUCAAAUCGUGAUGCCCGAGGCUGGCUGUAUAGUGGAAUGUCGAUGCGACUGGCAUUUGACCUCGGUCUGCACCUCGAUAUGACAUCGUAUGUCAACCAAGGCGACAUGAGUGCCCACGAGGCAGAUGUCCGAAGGGCUGCAUUCUGGGGGAGCUAUAUUGCUGACCAUUUCUGGGGCUUCUAUCUUGGUCGACCAUUCCGAAUGAAUGCCGGAGAUGUGACAGUUCCAAAACCAGCCUCGACUCUCGGAAUCGAGAAAGAAGGAGUUUGGCAUCCGUACGGACUUCAAUCUACUACCCAAAUACUGGAAGAUGGCCUACAAAAUCCCACUGAGCUAAUCAGCCGGCAAUUCGUCAUUCUAUGGGAGAUGGUGUCUCCUGUGGGCCACAUCCUCUACGGGUGUUCAGAUAUAUCCCCGCACGAUCUACAAAGAAUUACCUUCCAGGUAACAGAAGACCUAUUCGCCUGGAAAGCGAACCUCCCUUCAACGCUACAAAUCGAUCUAGACGACGAUUCAACCCCGAAACUCCCCCACCUCCUCAUCCUUCACAUGCAAUACCACCAAAUCAUCAUCUUCUUCCACCGCCCCUGGGUAUCAAAGAGUUACAUCCAACCACGCAGUCCACGCCAGGGACCGGGUUACCACCACGCACGCCGCAUGUGCGUUGAAUCCGCGACCGCGGUAGCUCGCUUGCUUCACAUUUACGAGAAACACUAUACAUUCCGACGAAUGAACAACCAAGUCGUCGCAAUAAUCUUCAGUGCCGCGCUGAUGCUCUUGUUCGUCACGGUCUCCAGUUCACCACUGAUGCCAAGCAAACCCGGGGAAUCGAGUACCGCGCACCCGCGUAAUGCGGAGAUGGUUGCGUACUUGAAUCUCUGCUUCCGUGCCCUGGAUGAAUUGGGCCAGUCAUUUGAGAAUGCAAAGCGGACGCGUGAUUACCUGGUUACACUCCAACGACGCUGGCAAGCGCACAUGCGACGUACCGGGCCCGCUGCGAAAAGGCAGAUCAGCAGCGCGAAUCUCCUAGCGAUGUCCGGACAAGUAUCUACGCAGGCUUCCCACAAGGACCAUGGCAUCGAUGCAUCCCGCAAGAAAACCCGUCUCGUUGAUACAGGCACGCAGAACCGCCCGCGAGAUGACUUGUCAACCUCCAUGGCCGCGGGCCACUCUUACCAGCAAUACACCUCCCAUCAACAGCAGUCUUUUCAACAACAUCCCUUCUCGGCGCAAGCAGCGCAAGCGAGUGAACUUGACUGGAUCCGGAAUACGGAUUUGAAUCUUCUCGCUGAUGGUGGUGUGAAUGGUAGUCCCGGUCAUUCUAUAGGCGGUAUUUCGCAAUCACAGUUCCCUGCUGAUCCGGGUAUGUUGCCUGAUUUGGGGGAUCUUGAGGGGUGGUGGAGUCCGCCGCAUGGGACCUCGGGGAUGGGAGGGACGUCGCUGUAG